ACGAAAUCAAGGGGCUGGUUUGGCUCUUCCGAACCUAAGCCUCGUUAAUCCGAACCACCCUGGCUUAGACCUCCGCCCCUAUAAAUACUUUCCCUGCUCAUUCCCGUGCGUAUCGCACGCUGAAUUGUCCUAACCAACGUUCUACUCAGAUAUUUUCUUCGCUAAAGAUUAAAAAGGUAAAACAAGACUCGUUUGAGACAGAUGGCACUAGUUUCAGGAGGAAGGUCAACAUUAAACCCUGAUGCCCCUCUCUUUAUUCCUGCUGCUUAUCGUCGAGUGGAGGAUUUCUCCCCAGAAUGGUGGCAACUAGUUACCACUUCAACAUGGUACCGUGAUUAUUGGCUUAGUCAACAUCAGGAUGAGGAAGGCUUUUAUGACAAUACUGAGGAUGAUGGCUUUGAUGGCAAUGAUGUGGCUGAUUUGCUGCCAGAUACAUUUGAUUUUGAUGCUGGUGAAGAUUUCUCUAGCUUGGAAGUUCAAUUUCAGGAGUUUGUGGAAUCUUAUGACGCUGAAUUAGAGAACAGGUCAUCUCCUUCCAAUGGGAUGAAACGAAAUGGAUUUGAGAUGGAAACUGAGGCACCCAAGAAGGAUUUAAGCUUGUUGAAAACUGUGGAGGAAACGGUUCCAGGAGCCAAGAAUGUUAAUCCAAAUUGAUGUAUGCUCAGCCUUUAGAAAGGGCCAGUUUAUCCCUGCAUCUGAGUAGACUAGUUAGUUUCUGCUUUCUGUAAGUUCUUGUAUAGAGCAAGGUUGCAACUUGUCACUCCUUGUUCAUUCUCAUGUCUUUGUUUUCAGUUAACCAAAGUAACCUUCCAGAAAUGUAAAAAAAGGAAAUGUAAAAUUUUAGCAAGAGAUAUAUAUAUAUGUUUCUUUUGCAUCA